AUGGUGGUGGUGGUGGUGGUCCGCAUCACCCCCUCUUUCUCAACAAAAAAAGAGCAUAGAAGAAAGGAGAAAAAAACUCUUUCUUCUCUUCUCUCUCCCGUAUUCCGAAAAGGCCGAGCUUCCGUCCGUGGUUUUCUUGGUUGUGUGAGUGUCGGGUGUGAGAUUGUCAUGCGCCUUCGCGUCGCCCUGCCAUUAGGGAACAUCACCAAGUCCCGGAGGCGGUGA